AUGGUCACUCUUUCCACCAUUGUUCAAAGAGUUGAUGUAGAAAACACAACCGAACAUGACCAGGUGAACCCCAAUGGCGAGACUUAUCCGGUGGGUGUUUUCAUCUCGAACUACGCCGCCUCCUGGGCCGCCCAAUAUUUGGGAGCAGCCCUCAUACAGGACGUCUUGGGAUACAAUGUGACACUCAACGCUGAUGCACCAGGGAGUGGAAGCGUUGCUGGAUAUUAUAGUGUCACCGGUUGUCGUAAUCCCAGCAACACUUCAGAUCGCGGUUGUAUGCAAGGCGUGAGCUACUACCAUGUCCAUUUCGAGAGCUGGUUUGGAUAUCAAUCUGAUUGGGAAUUCAUUCGGAAGACCUACAGCUCUAUGGCUCCCAAGAGUCUGGGCAACAUGGGAUACAUGGGAUUUACAUCGAUCUACUUACCGAAACCAGUUCAGGCGCAAGCUUACGCGGCGGAUGGCUUGGCACUCCAAUACUUCCGCAGUUGGAAUGCCUCCUGGAACCAGCCUUCGAAAUACUUCGGUUUGAUCUCAUCGGUCGACACCUCCAAGUUGAUGCCUUGCAAUGCGUCGGUCAUGACGGAUGACGGUGCCAUGAGGCGUCAUGUCCGUUUCACGGGCGAUUCCGAUGGGGUUGUCAUCAACAACGAUCUAUAUACAGGACGAUGUGACGACGGCUUUUGGUGGACUGCUCCAAGUUGUCGAGCGAACGCAUCGCGAUGCGUUGGGUUCAUUACUGGAGGUAGUGGUUGGGGAGCAGAGGAAAUGAUGCAGAAGUUCACGGUUUGGAACAUGCCCCUGGCAGUUGGAGUUGCAGCAUCAUGGGGUGACUAUACCCAAUUGCCCCUCUCAGGUGAGCACACCUUUUAUUGGUGGACCCCAGACCCGACUUUCUUGGAGCUUGCGCCACUGCCUCUGCAAUUCCCGCCUAACAAUGCUAGGGAGUUUGCCCAGAACAUCCUGACAUCAUCGGGCAGCUCAACGUCCAUUGACACCAUCGUAAGUCAGGACCUGGCUAUCCUCGCACCCACCGUUGAGAAAUUUGCGGACAAGCUGCAGCUGACCCUGAGCCAAAUGGAUGAGAUCCUCUUAGAUCAGAAGAACACUGGUGAUUCUUGGGAGAAUGUGACCUGCAGAUGGAUCUUGGCAAAUCGAGCCACGUGGCAGAAAUGGAUUCCAGAUGAAAGUGAAUGUGCCCCCGGCUUUGGUCUCUUUGACCAGAUACUCUCGGAGUUCACCGACACACGGGUGAACGUGACAAACAAGAUCAUUUGUGAGGCUUGUCCUCCCGGAACGUUCUCGCAGAUGAUGUCAGACGACAACGGCGACACCUACAUCUGCGUGCCAUGUGACAAGGGUACAAGCCAACCCUCUGGUGCAGCACUGACCUGCACACCGUGCAAGUCAGGUGAGUACCAAGAUGAAAUUCGCAGCACCGAAUGCAAUCGUUGCGCCAUUGGUAUGUAUCAGGACGAGGAGGGUCAACUGGGAUGCAAGAGUUGCCCGAGUUCCACCAGCACCCUUGGCUUUGGAUCAGUUGCUCCAAGCGAUUGUGGGUGUCCCGAGAACUACAUUGACAUGGACCGGUCAGGAGGCUUCGAGUGUGUCCAGUGCAGUGUGGGAAUGACAUGCCCCGCUCUAUCUUCGUUGGUUGACUUGGAGAGUGGAACCAGCGUUUUGGGGGAGGAGUUCACUCCAAAGAUUCAGCAGGGUUUCUAUUCCAUUGCAGGUUCUUCAACUUCAACGGAGGUCUUCAAAUGCCGUAGCCCUGUGUCUUGUCCCGGUGGCCCGCCUGGCACUUGCGCUGGUGGGCUCGUUGGCACUCCUUGCUCGCAAUGUCCAGCAGGGGCCACGUGGACCGGAAGUGAAUGCGAGGAUUGCGCUGGGUGGCGUCAAGCUCUAUGGGUCUUCGCAGUGGUUGGCAUUUUCGCAUUCUUGACUGUGGCGUAUUAUCUCGCUACAUCCAAGGUCACAGCGAAAGCCACCGUGCUUUUCGCCACAACGGCUUCAUUUGGCAUGCUUGUGAUGGCAAUGCAAAACAUGGGUCUCAUUGGCAUGAUGACUGUCGAGUGGCCAGUGAGCCUUGAAGGGCUGUUCAGCAUUUGCCAAUUCCUCCUGCUUGACAUUGACAGCUACGGGUUUUCCUGCAUUGCCGGCCAGUCUGAACCCAUCCGCUACUUGCUGAGCGCCUUGAUCUUCCCAAGUGGUGUCGCAUGGCUGGCGCUUUGCUUUGCUGUGUCAAAGCUCUUCCCAAAAAAGCACCAGUGGGAAGGGCCCAAGGUGUGCAGUACAAUGGGAGCUUUCCUGCAGGUUGGAUUCAGCACAAUGAGUGCAACAUCGUUGGCUCCCAUGAUGUGCUACCAGCAUCCGAACGGCCAGCGAAGCAUCAUGAAGUAUCCUGGCGUCAUUUGCGGAUCUGCAGAGCACGAUAUGAUGUUAGUCAUCGCAUGGAUCUUGCUGGUGGUGUUUGUCUUUGGCUUCGUGGCGUUGUGCGCCUUUGCCGUCUUCAUGGUGCCACGGUGGAGUGCCAAGCGGCAGAACCACUUUGUUGCCUGUGCCCGCUUCCUGGUGUUUCGCUUCCGCCUGGCUCAAGGUUGGCUCAAGGCUUUCGGGGUUCUCUUCGGGACCUUGGGUCUGGGAUUCUGUGCUUGCGGAAGGGUUGGUUCCCUUUUCCGUGGCGUCACUUCUGGAAUCCUCUCUCUGGUGUGUCAGUCCUUAGGUGGGUCUGAGUUCUUGCUCUGGGCGUGUUUUGUCUUCUCCGUCGGCGGUGUCCUGGCCGGGGUUGGUUGGUGGCAUGCUCGCGCUGUUUCUCUCGGGCUUUCCCCGUCUGGGCCUGCUCGGGCUUUGGUUCCGUGUCGCUGGGUUGGUCGCUGUCGGGUGCCAGGGCCUGGUCACGGUUGGAGGCGGAGGUGGCAUGGUUUCUGUCUUCGUCGUACUCGCUCGGUGUCUGGUCGUGUUUCGGUUGGUGCCGGGGACCCCGAUCCUUCCCCCUCUCCUGGCCUUAACCGCCUCUGUCGGGGGGGAGGAAUGUCUGAAAAGGAUUUGUUGACUAGCCUCCAAGCGUUGUUGACGAAAUUCUGCGAUCCUGGUGAUGGACCUCGUAACCCUGCUUCCGGUUCUGGUAACUCCUCUUCCACCCCCGGUAAGGGAAAGGGUAAGUUCAAGGGGAAGACUGCUGGGGUUGUUUCCGGUUCGGGGAAAGGGAUCACUCGAAGUUUCCCUGGGGGGACUAGUGGUAAGGGUACCACCAAAGGCACGUACAAGAAAGAUUCCCCUGGCACCAAUGGGGAAGAGGCACUCUUGAGUGCCUUAAUGAGACUGGUGGAGAGGUCUAGUAAGACUCAGGGCACAGGGUUGUUGCAACGGCUUCACAGUUUGGUCAAUGCAGCUACCAAAGGGCAGGGCUUGGCCAAAAAGCGGCGAACUAAAAAGAAACAGAGGACAACUGCGGCCAUGGACACAGCUAAAUCAAACACUCCUGCGUCUCUAAGACGAGGCAAAGGCAAAGGUAAGGGUUCACAUAGUGAAACAAAGGUCGACAAAGCAGGUGUACAGAGCAGUGGUUUCCAGCCUGUCCGCCUGCUCCCCGCAGGCUGGCCUGAUAAGGCUGCCAUGAACGUAGGGAAGUUACGUGAAACUCUAGCUAAGGGACAGUCACCGCAAGGUUGUGUCACCUGGGCAAUGGAACACCAGGUUCCUGAACUUCGCAAUUUGGCUCAGGUGCAUGGCAUCAAGAAAGCUUUCGCUAUCGUUUGUCUUGCCAGACCAGGCCAAAAUGAAGCACCGCACUCAGGUGGCGUCAAGCGGCUCUUGCCGACCACUGACAAAGAGGGACGGGCCGGUCUUGGACAUUUCUGGACCUUUCCCUUAGCCGAACAGUUUCCUGUUUUGCCUAGCUGUAGCAUGUCAUCCAGUGCUGCUCCAGUUCAAAGGUUCCGAAUUGGGGGUGGUGCCUCCCUGGGUCUUAUUGGUGAGGAUGCUCCGGAAGGGAGUAGACCUAAGGUUUGGCAAGUUGCUGGGGUCCCCAGUAAGUGGAACUCGCAAGACCUCCAAAGGUGUUUGGAAGCAGCUGAUUUUCAAGACACCACGGUUUUGCGCCGGACGUCAGCUCGGGUCCGUCAACUGUUGCUCCUCUCCCUGACCUCGACGUGUCAGGAGACCACGACAACUGCUGGAGGAUUCACUGUCUAUAAGCAGAAGUGCCUGGACUGUGGCGUCAGCAUGUACCGUGGUGAUGAGCGCUACAAGGGCAACAUGAGUCCUAAGGAAAGCGCACUGAAGGCCCUGGCUGGGUGGCGUGCUCAGCGUAAAAACCUCAGUGAGAAAGCAGAUGGAACAACCAUGACAUUGAGGGGAAGAAGAGGCGAACGGGUUGGUGAGGAUCAUUCAGUUGCUUGGGCACAACUGGGCCUACCCGCUUUCCCCAAAGUGAACUCUGAGUCCACAAGUUGGAAAUUUCAGAAGUGCCGCAAAAGCACGUGUCAGUCUGUGACCUCUGAAGAAGCUGCUGAGGCUUGGAGACGGGCCGCGAGUCCUCAGACCCAGUGGGAAAGUGUGCUUCAGUCUGAAGCUGAAGAUGUGUGGCAAGUUACUCGUGACAUGCGCUCCAAGGCUGAAGGCCCUGAUAACGUGUCAGCCCAAGCUUUGGAUUCCAUGCCACCUGAAGGUCUUAGGGCUGUUGAAAGACCAGUGGUUGGGUCAAAAGCGAUGGGUCAGUUUCGCUGGGAGUGUUUCGCCCGAGUGCUUAGGUGGUUGCAGACGGAUCGAAGGGAUGCUGACAUUGGUCGUCAUAUCAACUUGCAGGAUCAGAUUGAUGCGGUGAUGAUGGGUGGCAUGAGAACGGCCGCUAGCACGCGGUGGGCAGGGAAUUUUGAAGAAGUUACGGAAGCCGGUGACAUGGUGCAUGUACAGUUGCUGGUUCCCUUUGCAGCUGGCCUCGUCGAUUUCGCCACUUGUAUGUUGCGGCAGCCAAUGAUACGCUUCCGCCUGGACUCGUGGUGGUUUGGCGUGCCAUUGCUUGUUCGAGGUCCACUGAUCAACUUGCCAGUGGUAGCGGCCACUGACUAUCCGCCAAUCCAGGUUGUCGUGAUCGCGAUGGUUUUGACGACCGGCAUGGCAGCUUCCAUGCAAGAUGGAGGCUCACCAGAGUUGACAUUCAAUCAGAGAGACCGACAUACAUGA